AUGAAUUUUGCAGCGGCCUUGACGCGCCCCGAAGUAGACGCUCUUAGCGACCCAGACCGAACCUACAGCGAUGCGGCGAAUGCACUCGAGCAUAUACCUGCAUCGGCAGACGAGCAUCCGGGAGAUACUGUCUUCGAGAAGAGCUUGAGAAUCAAGAACACGCUCGACGAGUACGAGGAAAACGCUAGGAAAGAGCCCAGCUGGAACGUGUUGGCUGUGCUCACCAACAGCGAGUACAGGCUUUGGUGUUUGAACGCGGAAACACCUAUGAGGCACAACCCGUUCUUGACUCACUGGGUGGAGGCCUCGCAGCGCUUAGACAAAGAAAGCGCUGAGGGGAAGUUGAAUACGAACACUUUUAGCACACCGAAUGGCGGCAUAACAACAGCGGAUAUACUCGAGGUUAGGGUGGAAUGGAUUAAGAGGCUAUUGCCAAACAAGGAUGUAAAGGAGUUUCUACACUCGACACCAAGGGAACUACACGACGCGUUUGUGAAGCGAGGCCUAAAGAAAGCUUUCAAUAUUCAGACAUACAUCCAGAUGCUCGAGGAAGAAGGCAUCUACGACAAGACACCGGAGCCGAAAGUAGCCACUUGGACGCGCAUGCAGGAACAUCCACGCGACAACGCCUCGAAGCAAUGGAAAAGCGACAUGCUCCAGAAGCUCAAAGAGCAGCCCGAUACCGCAGUACAAGAACUCACACACCUCCCCCUCGAACUCUCUUACCUCGACUUUCUCACCACGCUUCUUACCGACCGCACGCUCCAAAGCCUCUCGAUUGAUCCCGCGCCCGUUAUAACGACUUAUAUCCAGCACUCGCUGCGGCUGGCGGAACAGAUGGCGGGGCCUCCGACAGACGCGACUGUAGACGGGCAUACGGAUGGGCCCCUGGACCGCAGUUCGAUCUGGGAAUAUGGCAAGGAAGCGCAGAGUCGUGCGGUACGACUGCUGUUGCUGUUCAUUAAAAGUUUGAUACGCAAAGAACUUCUUGGGACGGAAGUGUUAUACUUUGAGAUACAGGAGAUUUGUGUGCGCUAUGUGUGGAUCAAGGAAGUUAGAGAUUUUAGAAGUUGGGUUGAGGAGGGUAUAGGUGAAGAGCAUGUUAGGGAAUCUUGA